AGGGGCGGGAGGGAAGGUUUCUUCAGGAGGUAGAGGAGAAAAUGACUAUCAAUAAUUAAAUUGUCUUUCAGGCAGAGAAAGUAGUCAAUAAAGCAUUCAGGCAGUUGAACAGGAUCCAUAUUUCGGAAAACUUGAUUAGCGUGGGUGCAAGAAGGUGCUAGUCCUGCCGUAUUUUCAGUGGCCCUGGGGGAAAUUCUUGUUUCUGUUGUCUCUGAAGAAGUUUCUGGUAGUUUGUCUUAUUUUUAGAAAGUAUGCUGAUGCCCCUGUACAUUUUUAUUCCAACUUGAAGACUUUGGAUUCAUAGUUUUGUGAAUUAUGCAUUUUUUGGAAAAAAUAUUAUUCAAUAGGCUACUUUAGAAAAAAAAACCCUGGGAAUUAUUAAAAUAGAAAUCGAGACAUUGGUAUAUGCACGUAUAAAUUUACCUCCCCCCAAAACCUCACUCUUUUCUUCCUUUUGUCACUUGAAAAGAAAGCCAAAGCUAUAAAUUUAAAAUUAGGAAGAAAUGUGCUUAUAUAAUUAUAUUGAACAUGAAACAAAUUCGUUCUGUUGAGUUGUGUUUAUCAAUCUGAAAAACCAGGUGAGAGCACUUUAUACUAAUUUGUUAGCACUUGUGAUCAGUAUUUCUAAGAUUAUAUUGAAAAGCACCAAAGCUGUAGUCCUUCCAACUUAAACAUUUUCCCCUUCAUCUUGAGCCCCCAAACCCCAGCAACAGUGGAAACAGAGAAAUUAUAGUGUCAGAAAAGGAUGAAGGAAUGUCACCGUAUAUUGUAUAAAGGUGAAAGUAUACGAACACUUAAAAAUCUUUACUUAUGUUUUUCCUAGACAACACAGAUUUAACAGUGACUUUUAUAGUUAAUGUUUUCCUUUCCUCUUAACCAUUUCUUGAAUUAUGUAAUUCUUCAUUGCAAUUAAAUACGUAUUUUCCAGUACACAGUUGGAUUAAAAUGUUUGUUGAAAUUUCCAGAAACUAUGCUUUCUUUUGAGUUGCCAGUAUUCCUAGGUAACAGGGCCAAAUGUUGCAUGAAACUAGGCUGAUUAUGUUCCUAAACCCCACGUUAGACUCAAAUAUUUUUGCUGCAAUCCUUACAUAUACUAUAUAUUUACAUAUUCUAUGUACAUAUUUAUACGUGCUUUGUGGCUCAUUUUAUGAAUAAUGUGGAAUAUAUGUAUUAUAUAAAGAGAUAUGUUAGAUUGGAUGCCUUUUGAAAAUAUAAAUGUGAUCCAGAAAGCCUUUGGGUAUAAGAAUUAUAGGUACACAGUAGGUAUGUUAACAUUAGUAGUGCUUUAUGUAGCAGUAUAAUGAGUGGUAUAGAAACCAAAAGGCAACUUUUUUAAUGCUUAGUAGUAAUGCAUUUCAGAAUAUGUACAGGAUUUAAGCAUUCAUAACAUAAUGGUUUUGAGAAAGUGAAGACUGAGUUAGGCCCUCUUUACCACUGAUGUCAAGAUUUCUCAAAGUCCGUGUAGGUGGCAAACAGAGUUUUCACAUGUGAUGUUAAUAAUCCAUGAAAAAUGCUCUUAUGAACGUUAGUACAACUCACGGAUAUGAAACAGUAGGAUUACAAGGUCCUCAAAGCUUUUCUCCAAGAUGAAGAGUAUAUUUGUGGAAUUUGUAUCUUAUAACACUUUUCCACUUUCAAAUUCCUUACCCAUAGGUAUGUCCUAUGUUCAUUGGGGGGGGGUGUAAUAAAUACACAGAUCAGGGAAGGAAUUGUGAUGAUUGUAAAAUCUGUAUGUUACCACAUACUUAUGGUAAGCAUUUUUAUUUCUUAUUUAACUGAAAAAUACUAAUUUGAUAACUCUUAAUCUUUCCUGGUUACUAUGCAUUAUUUUUCUUAUAGACUUUGGUUCCUAAUGCUUAUUUAACCAUGCGGCUAUUAAACCAGUUUGAAAGCUCGUAAAUUUUUCUAGUAGAAGAUACCAGUGACUGUCUAACCCAGAUUCCUAAAUUCAGUAGUGACUGGACAGGGUGCCUGAGAUUUUACUGAGAGGGAGCAACUGAGUUUUCUUUGUGAAGUAUAAUAAGAUCGAAAUUCAGGAGCUACUGAGAAGACACAGUAAGAGGGAGAGGAACAGACAGACAAAGACCAGAUUUUCUGUCACGAUGGCAACACCACGGAGGAGGACAAAGAAAAAAGCAUCUUUUGAUCAUUCUCCGGAUAGCCUGCCUUUGAGGAGCUCCGGUAGGCAGGCGAAGAAAAAAGCAACAGAAACGACAGACGAGGAUGAGGACGGCGGGUCAGAAAAGAAGUACAGGAGAUGUGAGAAGUCAGGCUGCACAGUAGCGUGUCCCGUGUGCUUUGCAAGCGCUUCUGAAAGGUGUGCCAAAAACGGCUACACAUCCCGAUGGUAUCACCUCUCCUGUGGGGAGCAUUUCUGUAAUGAAUGCUUUGACCAUUACUACAGAAGCCAUAAGGACGGAUAUGACAAAUAUACUACCUGGAAAAAAAUAUGGACUAGCAAUGGAAAAACUGAACCUAGUCCCAAAGCUUUCAUGGCGGACCAGCAGCUCCCCUAUUGGGUUCAGUGUACAAUACCCGAGUGUAGAAAAUGGAGACAACUUACCAAGGAAAUCCACCUUACUCCACAGAUAGCAAGGACUUACCGAUGUGGUAUGAAAUCAAAUACUACUAUUAAGCCCGAGACCUCAGAUCAUUGUUCCCUUCCGGAGGACCUAAGAGUGUCGGAAGUGUCCAACCACUGGUGGUACUCCAUGCUUAUCCAACCUCCUUUGCUGAAAGACAGCGUGGCCGCACCCCUGCUCUCCGCCUACUACCCCGACUGCGUUGGCAUGAGCCCCUCCUGCGCCAGCACACACCGCGCAGCCAGCAGCAGCAGCCCCGGGAAGCUGGAGCACUCCAAGGCAGUCCCCUCUGCGCUGGGCAUGAACCGGUACUUCCAGCCUUUCUAUCAGCCCAACGAGUGUGGCAAAGCCCUGUGCGUGAGGCCGGACGUGAUGGAGCUGGACGAGCUCUACGAGUUCCCCGAGUAUUCCCGAGACCCCACCAUGUACCUGGCUUUGCGGAACCUCAUCCUCGCCCUGUGGUACACGAACUGCAAAGAAGCCCUCACCCCUCAGAAGUGUAUUCCUCACAUCAUCGUCCGGGGUCUCGUGCGUAUCCGGUGCGUUCAGGAAGUGGAGAGGAUACUUUAUUUUAUGACAAGGAAAGGUCUCAUCAACACAGGAGUUCUCAGCGUCGGCACCGACCAGCAUCUUCUUCCUAAAGAUUACCACAACAAAUCAGUCAUCAUUAUCGGGGCUGGUCCGGCAGGAUUAGCAGCUGCGAGGCAACUGCAUAACUUUGGAAUUAAGGUAACUGUGCUGGAAGCCAAAGACCGAAUUGGAGGCCGAGUAUGGGAUGAUAAAUCUUUUAAAGGCGUCACAGUGGGAAGAGGAGCCCAGAUUGUCAAUGGCUGUAUCAACAACCCAGUAGCACUAAUGUGUGAACAACUUGGCAUCAGCAUGCAUAAAUUUGGAGAGAGAUGUGACUUAAUUCAGGAAGGUGGACGAGUAACUGACCCCACUAUUGACAAGCGCAUGGAUUUUCAUUUUAAUGCUCUCUUGGAUGUUGUCUCUGAGUGGAGAAAGGAUAAGACUCAGCUCCAAGAUGUUCCUUUAGGAGAGAAGAUCGAGGAGAUCUACAAAGCCUUUAUGAAGGAGUCCGGCAUCCAGUUCAGCGAGCUCGAGGAGCAGGUGCGCCACUUCCACCUCAGCAACCUGGAGUACGCGUGUGGCAGCAGCCUCCAGCAGGUGUCUGCUCGCUCCUGGGACCACAACGAAUUCUUCGCCCAGUUCGCUGGUGACCACACUCUGCUAACGCCUGGCUACUCCGUCAUCAUUGAAAAACUGGCAGAAGGCCUAGACAUUCGGCUCGAGUCUCCAGUGCAGAGCAUCGAUUACUCCGGGGAUGAAGUGCAGGUUACCAUUACGGAUGGGACAGGGUGUACAGCACAAAAGGUAUUAGUCACUGUUCCACUGGCCUUACUGCAGAGGGGUGCCAUUCACUUUAACCCACCGCUGUCAGACAAGAAGAUGAAGGCUAUCAACAGCUUAGGCGCGGGCAUCAUUGAAAAGAUUGCCUUGCAAUUUCCUUAUCGAUUUUGGGACGGUAAAGUUCAAGGGGCUGACUUUUUCGGUCACGUACCUCCUAGCGCCAGCAAGCGGGGGCUUUUUGCUGUGUUCUAUGACAUGGAUCCCCAGAAGCAGCACAGCGUGCUGAUGUCGGUGGUGGCCGGGGAGGCGGUGGCGUCCAUCCGGACCCUGGAUGACAAGCAGGUGCUACAGCAGUGCAUGGCUGUCCUGCGGGAGCUGUUCAAGGAGCAGGAAGUCCCGGAUCCCACCAAGUAUUUCGUCACUCGGUGGAGCACGGACCCCUGGAUCCAGAUGGCGUACAGCUUUGUGAAGACGGGCGGCAGCGGAGAGGCCUACGACAUCAUUGCCGAGGAGAUACAGGGCACGGUCUUCUUCGCGGGCGAGGCAACAAACAGGCAUUUUCCACAAACUGUUACAGGGGCAUACUUGAGUGGUGUUCGAGAAGCAAGCAAGAUCGCAGCAUUUUGAAUAGAAUUUGUCUGGACCCAGCUUUCUUCUGUGCCCCAGAUGGUAAAGUUUGAAACACAUGUUAAACCUCACUUUCAUAAAACCAAACAAAAAACCUCUGAGAGCAUUAGCCCCAAGAAUCCUUUUGAAGCACUUAUAUUUUAACUGCAUUUUCCACAGGUUGAUUAGGGCUAUGUCUUCUGUAUUUCAGAAUAAAGCAGAAUAGAACCUUAAAUUAAGAUUUUGGAUAGGCUUUCUUCCAUGGUUGGAGACUCCCUUUAAAUCUGACAUUUUGUUGGGCUCAUCAGUUUUCAAACAUUGAGAAACCAAGCAGCAAUUAUUAAAAAACCAGACAAAGCCAUGUAUUUUUCUUCUGCGACAGUUUAUAGGUAUCUUUGCCAAUGAGCCUUAAGACUUUUAUAUAGCUCCAAUAUUGAGCUUUUACUUAAAAUUUAGAUAGAAAUCUUUCCAUUUCGGAUACAACACAAACUCUUCAGUUAAAAGUAAAUGAAACUUCUAGCCUGUUUUGUAUUGUACAUAUUUCUUUCCUUUGUGUUAUUCAAAAGAAAUUUAAAUUCAGGUAUCUUUUGUGAUACAUUUUAGAUUUGUGCACUCAUUGGCAAAAUAGCAAAAUUUUCAAUUCCUUAAACAGCAUAGGUAUUCUAUCAUUUAGAAUGGGGUAGAGAUAGUAUAGUCUUCAUACUUUAGACCAUUUAGAAUAUGGCUGUUUUUCUAAGAGCCAAGUUAGGGUGGAUGGCACACUUUAGCCUUAAUUUUGGCAACCACUAGCAAAAAGAUCUUUCUUGUCAGAAUACUUUAAUAAAAAACUCCCUCUACUGCCUCUUUUUAAAGUAACAGACUCAAACUCUAGGAGUAUUUUUUACAGCAUUAUGUUUUCAGUAUUCCAUAGGCAGGUCCACUGGAAAACUGCAGAAAAACGUGAUAUCCUGGUAAAUAUUACACAUUUAAAGCCAUAUCUUAAAAGCCUGAGAACAUGGCAGAUACUCAGUUCUUCCUUUUUUCACUCAUGAUAGAAUAAUUCAACUAAAAUAAACACUGGUUUCAGGGUCUUCAGGAUGCUUAUCUUGCCAAGAAGUUAGAAAAGUGAAUGGUAACUUAAGUGCUUUUGUUUUAAAAAGUCUGAACAGUUCUUUCAGUUAUAUUAGUCUGCUUCAAAAAGGGAUUCAAAAUGACUUUAAAGACACUUUGCAAAAUAUUAGGUAUUUUUAAAAUUUAAAGUCAGCUUGUAAGUAGAAAAAGUAUUUUAUGCAAACUUAACAGAAUUCAGACACAUCCCUCCCCAUCAAAGUAUGAUACAAAACAGCCGUAAAUUGGUUUCAAAGUUAGUUAGUUAUUUAGAUUAUCUGAUGAUUGGGAAGUAUUCUGCUUUAAAAUGCUAUGUAUUAAAAUGUUUAAAGAGUAGCAUGUGUUUAGUGAUAAAUACAAAAUAUUUUAAGUUUGAAAUGGCUCACAAUUGUUUAGUCUCUGGGCACUUAAACUUGGUACUGUGCUACAAGCAAACUAAGGAAAAACCUAGUUAGCUGAAGUACGGUAAAUGUGUAUGUAAAAAAUUUCCUGUCUCAAGUGACAUCAUUUGACUUUUUGUUCAUUAAGGAACCAUGGUACUUUUCUUUUCUUCUUGAGUUUGUUUUUUCACGUUUCAAGAUUUUAUAAUUGAAUAGCAGUGAAUACAGUGUUUUAACUGCAGAUUGUGAACAGCUGGUUGUAUAAAACUGCUUAAUAAAAACUAGACUUGUUUUUCAAAUA